AUGGCGGACUCGGAGACCAAACCCGCUGUCGUCUGUGUAUUCUGCGGCUCCGUACCAGGCAACAGCCCAGUACACAUGGAAGCAGCGCGAGCGCUCGCCGAAGAAUUCCACAAGAACAACGUGCAACUAGUCUACGGCGGCGGCACAACAGGCCUAAUGGGCGAAGUUGCGCGCACGCUAGUCUCGCUCUCGGGCCCGAAAUCCGUGCACGGCAUCAUCCCACGUGCACUAGUCGAAGUCGCAACAGUCGGCGGCAUGCGCCAGCACAUGGAAACCCAGGCCACUGCCAAGCAAGCCGGCAAAGCUGCCGAGCGGGUGGUCGACUCUGAUGCUGUUCAUACUGGUGGAAUCCCCGAGUCCGAGUACGGCAUUACGACCAUUGUCGCUGAUAUGCAUACGCGCAAGCGUUUGAUGGCCACGAAGGUCCUUGAGGGCGGGCCUGGGUCUGGGUUCGUUUCGCUGGCUGGUGGGUUUGGCACUAUUGAGGAGGUUAUGGAGAUGACGACGUGGAAUCAACUGGGCAUUCAUAAGGUUGCGGUUGUGUUGUUGAAUAUCAAUGGCUACUGGGAUGGCUUGUUGGCUUGGGUGCGCAAUGCCGUCCAAGAGGGGUAUAUCAGUGCUAGUAAUGGAGACAUCCUUGCGGAGGCCAAGGAGGUCUCUGAGGUCUGGCCGAAGUUGCUGGCUUAUCGGGUCAGCACAGGGCGGAUGCAGUUGAACUGGGGAGAGGAAUGA